CAAUUUGAUUUACUGAACUCACGAGCGACCUUUGGAAGACUGUUGUUGUCGUGAAAUCAACCCUUUGUGUACAUUUUUUGACGUACGAAGACUAUGUCACGACUGCUACUUUUGUCCUCGGAAUGGUUGCACGUCAGAUACAAAGACUGCCCUGGACGAUUUCGCUCUUAUCCUUUGUGGACAUCCCAAUCCAACAACACGGGGAAGCUGUGUAAAAGAGUUGUUUACCAACAGCCAACAAGAGCCUACACAGGAAGAAAUACACGACCGAUCGUACACCAGUUGUUUACCAAAACAAGAUCGAGGUUUUGGAUUAUUGGUAUAGGCGCAGGGUUUGCUUUAGCGCUCGGGUUAAAACACCUUGCCUAUCACGAACCUUGCAAUGCAGAGGCAGUCUCCCUGUCUCAGACUGACUUGAAAUAUGCCGAAGCCAUAAACAUUAGUAGAGACCUGGUUCGACGGAUAAAGGAUGAAGUCGGAGCCCCGGGCAUGGUCAUCGGAGUCUCAGUGGAUGGCACGCAGGUCUGGAGUGAAGGAAUGGGUUAUGCUGAUCUGGAGAACCGCGUGCCUUGUUGCCCGGAGACGGUGAUGCGCAUCGCCAGCAUCAGCAAGCCCCUGACGGCCGCGGCCGCCGCGCGCCUGGUGGAGGAGGGGAAGCUGGACCUGGACGCCCCCGUGCAGAAAUACGUCCCCGAGUUCCCCGAGAAGACCUUCGAAGGAGAACCUGUCACCAUCACGCCUCGUCUGAUUCUGUCUCACCUGAGCGGCAUUCGUCACUACGAGAAGGACGCCAAGAAGGUGCGUGAGGACAAGGAGAAAGCCAAACGCCUCGUCAAGAUCCCCGACAAGGCUGAGAAGGAGGAGAAGAAGGAGGAGAAGGAGAAAGCAGAGGAUGAGUCCACCAGCAAAGAUAAGUCGAAAGACAAGAAGAAGAAGAAAGAGUUCGAACAGGAAGAAUACUACCUCAAGGACCGCUUUGAAAGCGUCAUCCAGGCCUUAGACCUUUUCAAGAAUGACCCACUUAUUUACAAACCAGGCAGCACCUUCCUGUACUCCACUCAUGCCUUCACCUUACUGAGUGCCGUGGUGGAGAGGGCGGCAGGUCAUCGCUUCCUCGACCACAUGGCCAAGAUGUUCCGCGAACUGGGCAUGCUCAACACCAUCCCUGAUGAGAACGACCCCAUCAUCUACCACCGCUCCAGGUACUACCACCUGAACAAGAAGGGGCGUGUGGUGAACUGUCCGUACGUGGACAACUCCUACAAGUGGGCUGGAGGCGGCUUCCUGUCCACCGCUGGAGACCUGCUCCUGUUCGGCAACGCCCUGCUCUACAGCUACCAACUAGCCACCACCACCACCACCACCACCUCCACCAUCACCACCCAGGGCCCCUCCACCACCACCACCUCCAGAGGGGGCCCGCUGCCUGGCUUCCUCAAGCCCCAGACGGCCCUCGCCCUCUGGGCCCCGGUGGACAGGACGGAGGCCUCCUGGGACAAGGACGGGCUCUACGCCCAGGGCUGGCUGGUGGUGGAGAGGCAGCACAAGUACGGCCAGUGCCGCAGCCGCAGGCACUACGUCUCGCACACAGGGGGCGCCGUGGGGGCCAGCAGCGUUCUGCUGGUGCUGCCUAGCGAGGGUGGCGGAGGGGUGGACGUAGCAGGAUCAGGGGGGGCUCAGGAGAGGAGGACGCUUCCUCCGCGGGGAGUGGUGGUCACCAUCAUCACCAACAUGCAGUCGGUGGGGCUGAACACCACUGCGCUGAAAAUCGCCCACGAGUUUGAGAAAGCGCGAGGAAAAUGAAAAUGAAGUGUGUGUGUGUGUGUGUGUAUGUGUGUGAAAAGUGAAUUGCUCUCUGAUAGCGCGUUCAGGCCGACUGAGAAACGUGCUGGAGCCCGUUCCCACACCUAAUCGCGAACCGGCCGUCGUGUUUACGCCACAGAUAUUUGCGUUCGCGAACCGGAAGCACAGAUAUUUUUUUUCUAACCAAUGCAAUAAAGCUGCAGCUGACCUUGAUUACAAGCAGUCCAAUUGGCCGGUAGAUCAUGAGAGUGAAGUAGCGCCUCGUGCUAAUGCACUGUACCGUGAAUGGACUCGCAAUCCCAUGGGGACCCGGGUUCGAGUUCGGCCUGAGUCAUUUCUCAACCCUUUCCUCUCUCUCUCUCUCUCUCACUCUUCCUGUCAUGAUCUUCACUAGGGCUGCACAAUUAAUCGAAAAUAAUCGUUGUGAUAUUGAAGUUGUGAUUUUAAUUGUGAUUUAAUCGUGGCAAUAGUGAGCUACCUUUGAGAGCCUCCUUGAUGCCAGAACAUACGGACAGGCUGGUGUUUCUGGCCAGAAAUCUGUUCACCUAAGGGUCACGCUGUUACCUUUUACAUAAUUUUUACAAUUCAUUUUAUUUUGCUCAUGCCGUAUAUAAUUAAUUUUUGGUUACAUUUCAUUUCGUUAUAAUCUUUUCUAAAAUCUGCAAAAAUCAAUAAUCGUGAUUAAUAAUCGUGAUUAUAAUUUUGACCCAAAUAAUCGUGAUUAUGAGUUUUUCCAUAAUCGUGCAGCCCUAAUCUUCACUGUCCCGUCCUCAGUCGAGGCAAAAUGAGGACAUAGAACGUAUUUUGAAAAAGAUUAUCGAAAAGUGGUACAAAACUGGUUAAGUUAGACAACAGAAAGAGCUACCUUCUCAUCGAUAGGACACACAGGAAGAGGUGUGAAUAGGAGAAGUAGAAGUUCGUUAAUGCAAGAACAACUGGUACAUGAUAUGACAUAUGUGUCACUCCAGUCAUUCCACUGUACCUAUUGAGGCAUUUUACUUCUAGUCAGAGGCGAUUCUAGGAUCAGAUGGGUCCCCAAGCAAAAAUGUAAAAGAAUGAACAUUUGAACCAAAAUCGCCACUACUGUGGUAAAGUGUGUGCUGUUAUUCACUAUCUAGGGGCUUGGGGGCCCCAAGCGGCUGCCUGCCUUGCCUGGUGGCAAGAUGUGCCUCUGCUUCUAGUGCUAUUCAUACACCUCUGACGACACAGGUGUCAUUUAGUUAACAACAUGAGCACUCGAGGCUCUUUUGUUAGUUUGUUUUACCUGCUCUACCUCCAGGCUUCUCUGCUGAUAAACCGCCUUCUUGGAGUACUGCCCAGGGGGUUUGUUUCUCGAAAGCGUAGUUGUUAGCUAGUUACCCAGUUUGGGUAGUUGUCAAUGGGAAAUUACAUUGCAAACAACGAAGUAGCUAAUGAAGUUAGCAACUACGGCUUCGAGAAGUGCACCCCAGGUAUGUGGUGAAAUGACCUGUGUUAGGAGCACUGCCACACACAGUGAAUAGAUGACAGGUCUUUCUCAAUCUGAUUUUGCCUCCUCAGUGAGAGGGAGUGAGCAUGGCCGUCGACUAUGCUGGUGUGUAGUCGACUAGGGCGUCGACUAUGCUGGUGUGUUGUUUUUGUGCCAAGUUGCUUUAAACACUUGCACUCCAGUCCAGUGCACUGUGUAUUUUUUUUUUAAUCAUCCAUUGUAUUUUGUAUAUUUGAAAUGUUUUAUAUAUUGAAUAUCUAUUUAGUUACUGAAACAAUGGCUGACCAUUGUUGUAUUCCCCUGAUCAUUUGUGCAACAAUUGUGUGAUACGAUAUUCAUUUAGUAUUCUCUGAAAUAAAUGUGCAGUAACA